AUGACUUCCAUGAAACCACAGAGCGGCCUUUUCCCGAGUUUGCUGGGUUGCGACAUCCGCGCGUCUGUGCCAAGCGCUCAGGCCAGACCCCAUCCAUUUCGCACACCCUCAUCCCCGAACACAUCAUUCACCGGGCGUUUGUGCACACCUAUCGAGGAGGAGGAAGAGGAAGAAUCGACUUCCGUGGAGCCACAGGGUGGCCUUUUCCUGUGCUGCGACACCAGCGCGUCUGUGCCGAGCGCUCAGGCCGGGGCGCCCUCUCCAUCUCGUACACCCUCAUCCCCGAGUAGAUCAUUCAUCCGGAGUUUGUGUACACUUAUCGAGGAGGAGGAUGAUGAUGGAUCGACUUCCGUGGAGUCACAGGGUGGCCUUUUCCCCGGCUGCGACACCAGCGCGUCUGUGUCAAGCGCUCAGGUCGGACCCUAUCAAUCUCGUACGCCCUCAUCCCCGAGCCCAUCAUUCAUCAGGCGUUUGUGCACGCUUAUCGAGGAGGGAGAAGAAGAAUGA